AUGUUCAGGGGCCCCGCAUGCACUGUACCCUCAUGGUCGCUGGCGACGCGCAUAAGGGGGCCCCCCAGGGGGGCCCCCCCAGAGAUGAAGUCUUUGGACUCGUUCUCCCGGGGGGCCCCCAACAAGGAGGAGACAGCGGGGGCCCUGGGGGCCCCCACCAAGGAGGAGACAGUGGGGGCCCCGGGGGCCCCCAGCCAGGAGGCGACAGGGGGGCCCCCGGGGGCCCCCAGCAAGGAGGAGACAGUGGGGGCCCCGGGGGCCCCCUGA